GAGAGAGUAGAUCAGAAAGACAGUCCUGAACGUGUGUUAACAUUGGAAGUACAAGGAUUGGUGUAUUUCGCGCUCUAUGUUGUGGACUGGUUAAGUGAUCGUGCUGUGCUUAGCCCUCCAGGCCCUCUGACUUUAAUUUCUCUGAGGAAAGACGAGGCAAGCAGGAUUAUGGCCCUGUACUAUAAUGUCCCGUCCACAAACUAUAUUUCGGUAAAACAUAAUGAUUCGGAUGAUAGCGCAAACGACGAGUCAGACGAUUCGGGUUUGAAUGAGGAAGGCCAGAAUGCGAGGAAUAAGAAGUUGAUCAACAAAGGUAGAUGGAGCAAGGACGAAGACAAUAAGCUGAAACAGCUCGUCGACGACUACAGCGAGCGUUGGGAUUACAUCGCGGAAAAGUUUCCGGACCGUUCGGAUGUACAGUGCCAGCAGCGAUGGGCCAAAGUUGUCAAUCCGGAACUGGUCAAAGGACCUUGGACCAAAGAAGAGGAUGAGAAAGUAAUAGAGCUGGUGAAGAAAUACGGCCCGAAGAAAUGGACGUUAAUCGCUAGACACCUGAAGGGGCGAAUAGGAAAACAGUGUCGGGAGAGGUGGCAUAACCAUCUGAAUCCGAAUAUUAAGAAGUCUGCUUGGACAGAGCAAGAAGAUGACGUUAUAUACAGAGCACACAAAGAAUGGGGUAACCAGUGGGCGAAGAUAGCGAAACUGUUGCCGGGUAGGACAGACAAUGCCAUUAAGAAUCAUUGGAAUUCAACGAUGCGUCGAAAAUACGAGUCCGAGCAGCGCGAUGGGGAAGGUAAACGAGGACGAGGCAGGAAGAGUGCCGCUGCGCGGCAAAGUUACCAUCAGUCCACCAGGCAUAUGGAGGUGCCAAUGGAAAACCAGUGUCUGAAGGAGACGUUGCCCGCCUACUCAGAAGAUUUUGCAGAGUUCUAUGACCAGGCCAGCAGCCAAUCUUCGAAUAUGACCGCGGCCACGCCAAGCCCUUCGCCGUUGACGCCCACCCAAAUGUUCGCCUACGACAAGCUAUCUCCGCAGGAGUCUAACGGUAACGAAAUAUCACCAUUCCGUUAUGACAAUCUGGAGAUGAACCAGAUUGAUAGUAUCCCCGAUUUCUAUGCAUCACCAGGAGUCAGCCCUCUGAAGGGUGCCGACAUAAAUCGGCAUUUUAUCAAAACCAGAAUCGUACCUGCCGAAUUUACUAAACAAAAUGCUCUAGUACCUGUCUCGACUGCAGUGCAAAUGCAACGAGCACCAACACCGUCAAUUUUGCGCCGCUCGAGAUCCCGCAAACGCUUGGACAGCGAUAGCGGUAUAAAUGAGUCCACCUUCUCCAACAUCCUGGACACGCCGAUUGUCGAUGAACAGUUGUCCUCACUCGAUACACCCAUGAGGGCAAGUGGAUCAACUCCCAAUAAAGAACUGCCCUUCAGUCCAUCGCAGUUCCUCAACAGUCCCAACAUCUCCUUCGACGUUACGUUGGCAUCUACACCAGUCAAGAACAAAUCUCUUCAAGCCUCAACGCCUAUUAAGAACAGAAUUCGACCGAAUAACGAUUACAGUCCCCUUACGACGCCCAACGGAAUACCUCUUAUCAGAUCCUCAACAUCUGAGGCGACAACUCCCAGCAAGAACCGUCUGCUUAUUAGCGAUACCCCUCGUACACCUACGCCUUUCAAAAAGGCAUUUGCUGAGCUUGUCAAGAAAUCGGGUCCGAUACGAGAACUCCCUGAUACACCUACCAGGCUUGAUGAUAUCACAGAUAUUAUGCGUAAAGAUCAAGACAAUUUUGAAACAGAUCCUUUGCUAAUGCCGAACGAUAGUGGUUAUAUGACGGGAAAACGGAAGCCACAGAUUGCUGCGGACAAAGAGAAUAUUUUACCUUAUAAAAAAGUGAGAAAAGCUUUAGCUUGGACGAGUACUUCGCCGAUGCUCUCAGCAGUCGAGACGCCGAGUAAGUCGCUGGGCGAAGAUUCUGCACUAUUCUCGACGCCGAAUUCAAUAACCAAAGAUUUAUUGGGAGUGGGCUUAAUGGACUCCGCCCAAUCUUCAUCCAAGUUCGUGCCCACAACCAGCGCAACCAUCACCAAUUCCCGAGCCACCAAUGGUCGACGCAGUGCUGCCGUCAAACGCAUUACAUUCACGGAGACAAAUUCUAGACCUAAACCUAAGUUGGGUGUAAGGUGGAUGAUGGUAGCAUGUGGUCAGACCAAAGACCAACUGGAGCUAACGGAGAAAGCCAAACAGUUCUUAAACAGUAGAACAUCGGGCGGCCUGAAGCCGCGCUCUCUGAAUUUCUGAAUUUUCCAUCCAUCCGUCCGUCUCUACUUUUCCCACACCUUUUAAUUGUGUAUAUAAUAUUUAUGUAUGAAUAUAGUCGAACGUAUAUAUGAACGUUUCUCUUUUUAAGAGAACAAACUAAGCCUAAAUCGACAGAACAGGUGAAAGUAAAAAAGAAAUAUCACAUUUUUUUAUAUUUUUUAGUAAAAAGUUUGAUAUUAUGCAAACUCAUUUUUACUCUGUGUGUAUCGAUAACAAUAUGAUUGUAUUUAUUUUAUAUGUAAAAAGGACUUUUAUGUUUUGUGAGUACCCCUCCUCCCAAAGGUUACACAAUAAUAUUGUGUACUAAUGUACAAAUGAGAAAAAAAAAAGUUAAACUCCAAUGGGAUGCAUUCUCCCAAUAUGUACAAAACAAAUAAAUAUAUAUAUUUAUAUGGAUCCCCGUCUAGUUUUAUAACUGAAAACAACUUAAUCUAUAUUUAUUAAAUAUGUAAGAAAAAAUGCGAUACACUCUGUAUCUUGUUCAAUAUUUCUCAUAUAGUUCACAUUAAUUCAUUUAGCCUUAAUAUUAUUACCAACUUUAUAGAUUAUAUUUAUUCAUAGUCUAAUAAUUUAUGUUCUUUUCUAUACUAGUCCCGAGAAUAUUCGAGGUAAAGAUGACUGACAAACGAUUUGUUGGUUUCACAUCAAUAUAUUAUUUAAUAAUGUUACAAAACAUGAGUUGUAACCAUUUUUUGUUUAUUUUUUU